GUUUCCUAUGGCGUCAUCCCGCCUGGAAAUGCGGGUUCAGGGAAUGUGAGGGUGGGGGACAGGGAUGGAGUAACCCAAACAGUGUCCCCCAUUCACUGGACUUAGGGAGCGUGUGGCAGACUCCAAAACCUCUUGUUGGCUCUUAUCUUUUAGUGAUGAAGCCAUCAAGCCCUCUGCUCCCCCAGGGCCCACGCUGAGUUCACCAGCUCCUUCUAAGUUACCCUGCUUGAAGACGGGAAAAGCAGCCUCUUGUUGUGGGCUCAGAGCAGUUACAGCACAGGGAGGGGAUUCGAGAACCCGAGAGAUACUGCCAGCUGCUGCCUCACGUGUGCAGAGAUGACGGGUGUCGGGGGGGGGGGGCUGCCGCAAGAGUGGGAAGAGACACCCCAAGACUAGGCUCCACCAAAGGUGGGGAUUUCCACCAGACUCGUGGCAGGGGGUGCCAUGCGGGGGUCAGCUGCAGAGAUCAUGGCAAGAGAUCAAGGUCACUCAGGUGGCCUUUGGGCUCCAGGUGCAGGCAUUCGGACGGCCCCUUUUCAGGGCUUAGCCAGACUGGGAUGGGUAAGAGUGGCUGGUCAGCGUGGAUCCGUGUUCCACUUGGUGCCUUCUGUGCCUGGGGGAACACCGGUUUGAGGAACAGGGUGGGCCAGGCUGUGUCUGGGUACGUUUUCCUACUUAACCUGCCAGCUGGAGCAUUUCUCACGGCAGGACAGCAGGUCAAGAAAUUGGUGUCCCACCAAUCAGUGCUUCCUUUUUCUCCCAGGAAACCAGGUGGGGAAGGGUGUGGACACAUCUGCCUGGUCCCCACCACCUACCCGGCGAAGUGUGUGUGGAAGGUGAUGCCAGUGGCACUGUUCUGAUUUGGCCUCAUAUUCCUUAGCAACGAGCUUGGACUCAGGGAAGGAGUAGGGAGAGAAAGUGAAGAGACACGUGAACAAAGGUUUAGGAGUUGAAUAAGUAGAAAUCCAGGCACCAAAGACGGCAUGCUUUGCCCGUUAUUCACGGUGUGACCUUGUGUCGGUCACUUCUCCACACAGGGAAAUGUCUGAGUUUCCUUAUCUGUAAAGUCUGGUGGUGAUUCUAAAUGAUUCUCCAAGUCCCUCUCAGCUGUACGGUUCUGUAAAUGUAAUAAAUAUCUAUUUAGAGGAGUUUGUCACAAGAACUAAGUGAGCUGCUGUCCCCUUACACCAUCCACAAUUACUGUUUCUAAUGCCUUCUGUCCCAGAGUCCCCUUUGGCUGACAUGCCCAUCUGGGGGCGCCAGGCUUGGGAUGCAAGGUAGCGAAGGGGUGGGUGGCUUAGACCUUGGUGCUAGGGAUGGGUUACAAAUUGCACCUGCUCUAGGUGAACGGUGCAAGAAUGAAAUGACAACUGGUUGAAUGAAUUUCAGGGUUCAUGGAACCCAAGAGCCCUGCCCACUCAUUCCACUUCCCCCUGCCCCCCCACCUUUGUGUUCUGGAGGAGAGAGACCUUGGUAAGGUCACAUGGAGAUGUCAGGAGCACAUCCUGGAGUCUGCUGCACUCUCCAGCACUGCCAUCUGUCCAGCUAGAGGCGUGGGACCAGACCCUGGCUUUGGGAGGAAAUACCCUCCUCUGUGAGCUGGGUGAGGGCAGAGUGGAGAGAGGCUGGUCCCAGGAACAAGGUAGGACCCACCACCAAGUUUGCCUGGAGAACCACAGGAAAAGCUGGACCUGCCAGGCUACAUCAGGUCACCAGGGUGUCCUUGCUGGUCUACGGGCUCCCUGGCCUCACCUCAGGGCUGUAGGUGAGGUGGCUGGACAGGCAUGGGGUGGGGGGGGGGGGGGGAGGAGGAGGAGGAGGAGAAGGAGGAAGCGGGGUCCCCAGGACCUCAUUCCCUCCCUGGAGGGCAAUCAUCCAGUAUCCAGAGAGAGGCCUUUAGCUACUUCCUCCUCAUACCUUAGAUGCAGACAGUGAUUGUGCGUGGGCAUUAGCCUCGCUUUUUCACCAACGAAACUCAGUAUUUACCCUCUUUUGCCCCUGGUGGCUUUGAAUCCACUGCCCGGGGCUGUGAAGUUGUCUUUCUUUUCAUGUUCUACCAAGUGUGUUCUGUCUCCAGUUAAAAUUGGUGUGCCCACACAGAGCAAGGAGCCACUGAUCCCACACAACCUAACCCCCCUUCUGGGACAGCCAGCCUGUCCCUCAGCAGGCCCACCCCAAACUGCCAUGCUUCGAUUUGUUCAACAAAAUAUUUCUCAAGUAACUUCUCUGUAUCAGGCACCAUUACUCACUGGGGAUUCUCUGGGAAACAAGAACAGACAUGGUCUCUACCCUCAUAGGGCUUAUAAUUUAGUGUGUGUGUGGGGGGGGGUAUUAUACCAAUAUAUAUAUAAUUGCAAACUGAGUAGCAAAGGUUCUGGUGCGGCCCAGAAGGUGGGGAAUUCUAGGUAGCAGGUGCAAAGACAGGGCAGUAUGGCGCAGGAUACGGAGGGGUACAGAGAGACACAUAGGAGUCUGUCCUGUGAGGCUUCCUUGUGGGGCCAAGGGAAGGACCGGGACCGUGUGCAUUUUCCAGUGAGCUCCCUGGCUGCCGGGCGCUUGGAAAAGGUAUUUCAGGGGGCUGGAAAGGACACAGAGAAACCAGUCACUGAGGUCUUGGCAAGAGGUGGUCGUUGUGUAGAGGCCCUGGUUAAGGACAGAGGCUCUACACCCUGCUUCCAUCUCUAAUACAACCAAGUACCGAUGUGAUUAAAAAAAAAUCCGGGGCUGCUGGGGGUUCUGCUGACAGAGCAGACAUCUUCAUCCAUCUCUCCGCGAGAUGCCUGCCUGAGCCCCGAGCCCGGAGAAUCCCAUGCGUUCCUCCACUUCAGCACAUAUGAAAAAUCUCAGCUCUGUUUCCCAGCCUGCACGCGCUUACAUUUAUCCAAGUCAAGUAUCAUCUGUGGUCCCGCUGCCCAUUCCCCGGCCCCUCCGGAGCGCCUGGCCCCUCCUGGGGUUUCUCACCACCUUCCCUGCUUUUACUCCUGAAGUGCUUGAAUACUGCCUGCAGUUACACUCCAUUUAGACCUUAUUUGGAUGAUAAAAUUAUGUCUCCUCCCCCCCAAAUUGUCUGCUGUAGAAUAUAGGAGAAUAAGGUGGUGGUCUCUCCUGGGGGCUUCCCCCCCUUUUAAGUAAUUCUAUACCUAUCCCCUCCCACACUCAUUUGAAUUCUCACAUUAUUAUCUCUCUGUGGCUGGCACAUCUCAAAAGAUGAAAAGCCCGAGAAGAAGGAUUGGGGCAUGACUUAUAGCUUGUUUUAGUACAGAGGCAGCCCGUAAUAUUUGGGUUCAUGGAUGGAGCAGCAGACAGGGAUGCAGGUGUGUUCGUAGCUGGGGAUUCAGGUGUGUAUGCUGAAGCAUCUACUUGCGUGCCUCGAAGUACCAUGUGGCAGGUAAGUUGGUUGUUCUAACCACAAUUGUGUUUUCCUAAACAGGCAGGGAUUUAUUUGCUCCCGUCUGCGUCCCAGGUACAUUUCUGAGAGUUGCCAAUGAAGAGCAUCAUUUUGUACAUCUAGAGAGCAUUUUAUAGAUGCACACCCUGCAUCUAGCCAUAUGAGAGCGGUUCAGAACCAACUGGCCCAGGUGACGAGAGCUGGGAAGGGAAUCUGCUUCUCUCCUUCGUGCCUCACCUGUGGACCUGACCCUUUGCACUUUUGUGCACCAAACACAGGUCUUGAGGCUGUGAAUUUCUAGGGCCUUGGCCUCUUCUGGGUGUGAGAGUGGAGCACUGUGACUCAUUUUUAAUUUGUAAAACAGACCCAUUCUAAAAGGCCGAGCGAGGGUGGGGGCGGGGGGAGUUUGGCUAGGCCUGCCAGUUAAAGGAUAGGAUGCCGGUGGGGGGGAUAUAUAAACAGCACAUCUGUCAACCCCCCAAUCCCACCAGCCAGUUGGACAAUUUUUUUUUCUUUAAUGGCCAGAGGACAGGCCUUGCCGCUCUACAGCUCAGUCCUCUCACUCCUCAGGAGGUGGGGACCUCGCCUGAGCGUCUGAUUUCCAUUGAAGUCUCUCUGGCUCACCCCCCUCCCCCCACCCCAGCUCGAUUCUGUCACUUUAAGUCCAGCCCCUGAGAGAUAGCCAAUAGGAGCCAAACCAUACAUCAGUCUCCCAGCCUUAAAGCUACAGUAGGGUUAGUGGGCUCCAAGUCUCUGGUGCCCGAGCCUCCUCCGCGGCUUCCCGUCCCCUCUGCCCGCUGGAGUGUGUGCACGAGUGGGAGCGCUGGGCUGUGCGCGCACGGCUCUCUGCCUCCCUCUCGCCCCGCCACGGCGCUUCCUCCCACUCUGCCUUCUCCCGCUCACUGUGCCCCUGCCCGGACUCGCACCUCGCCUGUGCCCUUCACUCGCUCUUCCGCGUGAUUUCCCCGCCGCCUUUCUCUACCAACUGGGAAUGCUAAAACGGGACUGAUGGACGUGUCAGAACUCUGCAUCCCGGACCCCCUCGGCUACCACAACCAGCUGCUGAACAGAAUGUCCGCGGACGACCGGCACCUGGGCUCCAGCUGCGGCUCCUUCAUCAAGACAGAGCCGUCCAGCCCGUCCUCGGGCAUCGACGCCCUCAGCCACCACAGCCCCAGCGGCUCGUCCGACGCCAGCGGGGGCUUCGGCCUGGCCCUGGGCGCCCACGCCAACGGUCUGGACUCGCCGCCCAUGUUCGCAGGCGCCGGGCUGGGCGGCACCCCGUGCCGCAAGAGCUACGAGGACUGUGCCAGCGGCCUCAUGGAGGACUCGGCCAUCAAGUGCGAGUACAUGCUCAACGCCAUCCCCAAGCGCCUGUGCCUCGUGUGCGGGGACAUUGCCUCCGGCUACCACUACGGCGUGGCCUCCUGCGAGGCCUGCAAGGCCUUCUUCAAGAGGACCAUCCAAGGAAACAUCGAGUACAGCUGCCCGGCCACCAAUGAGUGUGAGAUCACGAAACGGAGGCGCAAGUCCUGCCAGGCCUGCCGCUUCAUGAAAUGCCUCAAAGUGGGGAUGCUGAAGGAAGGUGUGCGCCUUGACCGAGUGCGUGGAGGCCGCCAGAAAUACAAGCGACGGCUGGACUCUGAGAGCAGCCCAUACCUGAGCUUACAGAUUUCUCCACCCGCUAAAAAGCCAUUGACCAAGAUUGUCUCCUACCUGCUGGUGGCCGAGCCGGACAAGCUCUAUGCCAUGCCUCCCCCUGGCAUGCCGGAGGGCGACAUCAAGGCCCUGACCACUCUCUGUGACCUGGCAGACAGGGAGCUCGUGGUCAUCAUUGGCUGGGCCAAGCACAUCCCAGGCUUCUCGAACCUCUCUCUCGGGGACCAGAUGAGCCUGCUGCAGAGCGCCUGGAUGGAGAUCCUCAUCCUGGGCAUCGUGUACCGCUCGCUGCCCUACGAGGACAAGCUGGUGUAUGCUGAGGACUACAUCAUGGACGAGGAACACUCCCGCCUCGCGGGGCUGCUGGAGCUCUACCGGGCCAUCCUGCAGCUGGUGCGCAGGUACAAGAAGCUCAAGGUGGAGAAGGAGGAGUUUGUGACACUCAAGGCCCUGGCUCUGGCCAACUCAGAUUCCAUGUACAUCGAGGAUCUGGAGGCAGUGCAGAAGCUCCAGGACCUGCUGCACGAGGCUCUGCAGGACUACGAGCUGAGCCAGCGCCACGAGGAGCCGCGGAGGACGGGCAAGCUGCUGCUGACGCUGCCCCUGCUGCGGCAGACGGCUGCCAAGGCCGUGCAGCACUUCUACAGCAUCAAACUGCAGGGCAAGGUGCCCAUGCACAAACUCUUCCUGGAGAUGCUGGAGGCCAAGGUCUGAUGGCCCGGCACAUGGACCGACUCCCACCCGCGGACAGACCGACCGACCCGACGCGGAGACCUCCACAGCCACCAGCCUUGACCUUCAAGCCCUGUAUCAUGGCCACGAGCAGUCCCCGAGGAAGGGGCUUCUCGCCUCCCGGCUGCGUGCAGAGUCCUGGGUGCAGCGGGGCCGGGGAACAGGGAUGGGAGGGCAGGGCGUGGGCUCACCUGUGACUGGCUUUUUCUCUGGUAUGUUUUUCCUUCUCCACGGGCAGUGCUGACGCCCGGGCCAGGGCUGACUCCCUUGAGACUAGAGACCGUGGAGGAAGCCCCGCCUUUCCCACCAAACCACCAAGAGACAGCAGCGUAUUUCCUACCCCCUCCCCACCCCCCCUCCCCACCUCGUGGACUGGGCGGCCGGUGCUCAGUGCCUAGGACGCCCCCGGCCCAGGCUAGGCGCCACCUGGAAGUUUUCCCUCCCCAGACGGCAGGUGCUUUCUUCCAGAGGCUCCGCCUACUCUGAGGUUCUCUGGGGCCCCUCAGGAGGCUGCGUACCUUCCCCGGUCCAGACCCAGAUGGCUCCCACCCUCCGUCCUUCCUCUCAGUUUGGCACACUCCGCUCCCGUUAGGGACUCGCCGUGGAGGGAGCAACUGGCAGAGUUCAUGCGUUUUCCCGGGCACACGCCCUUGUGUGCUCCCACCUGCCUGUCCCCGCUGUGCUGGGGCCCUCCUCCUGUCCCGGGAAAUCCCUGCUACUUCCUGCCCCUACCUCAGAGCUCACUCAGUGGGUUCAGCCAGCCAAGGUGACUUCCGGGUCCACAGCUGGGAACCGCACUGGCUCAGAAAAGAGCAGGGCCCAGGCGAUACUCCCCAGAGCUCCUGCUUCUUGCCUGCUUCUCACCUCCCGCCCUUUCAGCCUUCAGGGCAGAUCUGGAGCAGGUGGGCCUGUGGCAAGGCAGGGAGUGUAGGGACCUGGCCCCAUCUGAGGGCACCCUGGGCACUGAUUUCAGGCUGGCGGUCCUGGGAGGAUUGGGGCAAGAUGGGGGAGGCUCGAACCAAUCUUUGCUGAACACAGAAAGGCCUAGAAGUAAGCAGGCAGGGGAUCCCCAAAGACAGGGAGCUCAGGGGAGGUUGCCAGCCUGCCUGCUACGUCCUGGCUUCUGGGGACAGUGGACACCAGGACUCCCCGUUCCCUGCAUUCCAAAGGGUUGGGCGAAUCAGUGCCACAGGAGGGGUGCUCCUGUCACCCUGGACUAAGGUGCGACGUAGGUCCCUGGGGACACUGAGAAGGCCCAGCUCUCUGGCGGGAGCCCCCGGUCUUCCUGGCUGCU